UAUGGUUGGUAAAUUAACAGACACCAAGUCAAUCUCUUCUCAGCAGCUGUCCCAGUUCAGGAAUGGCUGCAUAUUCUCUCUCUCUCCUCCCCACAACAAACUUCCCUUCCACACUCUCUCGCUCUAGAACCAGCUCCACAUUCUCUCUCUCCAACCCUCCCUUCUCCCUCCUCCGAAACCCUACCCGUUCCACUCCCAUCCUCUCCGCUCUUCGCAACUCCCCCAACUCCGACUCCAUCAUCCCCUCCGAUCAUAGCUGCAAUAACGUUUGCAAAUUUCUCCUCGAGAAAACCCCUUUCGCUUCCGCUUUGGAUUCUCUCUUCGUCCUCUGCGCUUCCGUCGCCUUGUCCCUCGCUCUCCUCGUCGCCGAUGUCGAUUCGGCUUCGGCUUUUGUAGUUACCACGCCGAGGAAGUUGCAGUCCGAUGAGCUCGCUACGGUUCGUCUUUUCCAGGAGAACACGCCUUCUGUUGUUUACAUCACCAAUCUUGCGGUCAGGCAGGAUGCUUUUACAUUGGAUGUGUUGGAGGUGCCUCAAGGAUCAGGAUCGGGCUUUGUCUGGGAUAAAGAUGGUCACAUUGUCACAAAUUUCCAUGUUAUCCGUGGUGCAUCUGAUCUCAAGGUCACUCUUUCUGACCAGACAACUUAUGAUGCAAAAGUUGUUGGAUUUGACCAAGAUAAAGAUGUUGCUGUAUUGCGCGUUGAUGCACCAAAAGACAAACUGAGACCUAUACCCAUUGGUGUGUCCGCCGAUUUGCUUGUUGGCCAAAAAGUAUAUGCCAUCGGAAACCCUUUUGGACUUGACCAUACACUCACAACUGGUGUGAUCAGUGGGCUUAGAAGAGAAAUCAGUUCUGCAGCUACCGGGCGUCCAAUCCAGGAUGUUAUCCAGACUGAUGCUGCCAUCAAUCCUGGUAAUAGUGGAGGCCCACUUCUGGAUAGCACAGGAAGCCUCAUUGGGAUAAAUACAGCUAUAUAUUCCCCUUCUGGUGCAUCCUCCGGCGUUGGAUUUUCUAUUCCAGUUGACACAGUAGGCGGCAUUGUUGACCAGUUGGUGAAGUUUGGGAAGGUCACAAGACCAAUUUUAGGAAUCAAGUUUGCCCCUGAUCAGUCUGUUGAGCAACUAGGCGUUGGCGGGGUGCUCGUCUUAGAUGCUCCUGCGAAUGGUCCAGCUGGCAAAGCAGGUUUACGACCAACCAAACGUGAUGGCUAUGGAAGGCUUAUUUUGGGUGAUAUUAUCACAUCUGUAAAUGGAAAAAAGAUCUCCAACGGAAGUGAUUUGUAUAGAGUUCUUGAUCAAUGUAAAGUGGGUGAUGAGAUAACUGUCGAAGUGCUGCGCGGUGAUCACAAAGAGAAGAUCCCUGUAAUACUUGAGCCCACGCCCGAGGAAACAUGAUACUAGUAAGUACCAUACGAACAUUACGAAACUCAAAUUAAUUCUUGUACUAAAUUUUCACAACAUAAGGUUUGUACAUAUUCUGGCCACCAUAAGAUAAUGAUAUGAAAAAGUCAAUUGUGCUGAUGAA